AUGGCUAUUCGACGCUGGAGAGGCGGGCAGCCUGUUAACAUCGCGGCCAAGUUGUGGAAUGCCAUCCACACUAAUUACCAUCUUGGGUUUACCUCCUUUGGUGGUCCCCCAGUACAUUUCAAAAUCUUUCAUGACAAAUUCGUCCAGAAGCUGCAAUGGAUCGACGAGCAAGUGUAUCAAGAGCUGUUCAGUGUAUGCCAGGCUUUCUCUGGCCCUGGUAGCACCAAAAUGCAUUACUGUAUCAACCUCAUCCAUGACGGUUUCCCGCCUGCCUUGCUGAGCUUUCUUAUCUGGAGCUUACCUGGCGCCCUCGGAAUGUACGGCCUCUCCAUUGGCAUCUCUAACAUCGGAGACUCACUCCCCGGUCCGGUUUAUGCACUCCUCUCCGGCCUCAACGCCUCGACCGUCGGCAUCAUCGCAGUCGCCGCAGUUCAACUGUCAGAAAAAGCCAUUACCGAUAAAAUAACCCACGUAAUCGUCUUCCUCGGAGGCGCGGCCGGCAUCCUAUAUAACGCGCUGUGGUACUUUCCCCUUCUGAUGUUCCUGGCCGGUGUCGCAACCGUCGUUCAUGAUUAUCGUUGGCUUCACGGCCCCGUCAAGGUCGUCGUGAGCGUGGUGAAGAACCCCAGAAGACGACACCUGGCAGAAGAGCCGGAAUCCGUCGAGCUUUCGCAGGCGCAGUCUGUCAAUCAGCACAAUCAGCAUAACACUGCUACCGCCACUGCUACUUCUUCCGAUGCUGUGACAAAACGGAAUGAGGUAGGGACGCGCUUAAGCCGAGACAACGAUGUGGAAACUCUUCCGGUUACUGAGAACGGGCAUCCAGAGACCGAGUCGGAACCCCGCGUCGUCCCACCAGAACGCAGCCUCAAUUUCUCUUGGACCUUCGGCCUCGGCAUAAUUGUCUUUUUCCUCAUUACUUUCAUCGUCAUCAUGGUCCUGCGCGGCGUGUUGCCUAUUAAAUCGCUCCUCUUCAGCUUCUUCGCAAACAUAUACCUCGCAGGAACUAUCAUCUUCGGCGGAGGUCCCGUCGUCAUCCCCCUGCUCCGCGAAUACGUCGUCGCCGAAGGCUGGGUUAGCCCGCGAGACUUCCUCAUCGGCCUAGCCAUUCAGCAGAGCUUUCCCGGUCCCAACUUCAACUUCGCCGUGUACCUUGGCGCCCUGACUGCGAUCAACGGGGGUUACAACUCGGCUGCAGGGGCUGCACUCGGAUUCAUUGGCAUCUUUGCCCCAGGCCUCAUCACCGUUCAUGGCACCAUGGGCAUAUGGAGUGCUAUCCGCGGCCUUAGAUGGGUAAAGUCGCUCCUCAGAGGCGUUAAUGCUGGUGCCGUCGGGCUCAUUUAUACCGCAGUCUACCGCCUGUGGCAAAUCGGUUACAUAGACGAAAAUUUCCAGCAAGGGACAAGUCUCGCACAGGAACCAUGGUGGGUUAUCGUGACGGCAUCGAGCUUUGUCUUCGGCUACUCUUUUGGCGUGAACCCUCCGGUCGCUAUCAUCAUGGGCGCUGUGCUGGGCCUAAUCUGGUAUGGGGUUACAAUCCAAGUCAAUUGGCAUCUCGGCUUCACCGCGUUUGGCGGACCACCUGUUCAUUUCAAGAUUUUUCAUGAUAAGUUCGUAUCGAAGCUCGCUUGGAUCGACGAGCAGCUGUACCAGGAACUUUUCAGCAUCUCCCAAGCUCUCUCUGGCCCUGCUAGCACCAAGAUGCUAUACUGUAUAAAUCUGAUCCAUGAUGGUUUACUUGGAGCUGUCCUUGCCUUUUUUAUUUGGAGUUUGCCUGGCGCGCUAGGCAUGUUUGGCCUCUCCAUCGGUGUCUCCAAUAUCGGAGAGACUCUACCUCGUCCAGUAUAUGCUCUGCUCUCGGGACUUAACGCUGCCACAGUUGGGAUUAUUGCCCUGGCAGCAGUCGAGCUGUCGAAUAAAGCAAUCACGGACAAGCUCACCAGAAUUCUCGUCUUUCUGACUGCCGCAGCUGGAAUGCUAUACAAUGCUCUAUGGUACUUCCCGGUCCUUAUGUUUGCCGCCGGCUUCGCUGCUGUCGUGUACGACUACCGCUGGUUUCACCGACCUAUUCGAGCUGUUGUACAGUUCGUCUCCAGGAUGCAAGGCACGACGCCUACCGAAGGAGAGAAUAUCGCAGGGGACGAAAGCGGACCCAGCAGAGAGACACAUGCCACCAGCACAACUCUCGAUGAUCAAGAUCGGUAUGGUACACGGGAGUCUGAGCCCCGCAUCGUACCACAUGAGUAUCGUCUCAAUUUUACAUGGAAGUCUGGAACUGCGCUCAUUGCAGCAUUCUUCGUUACCUUUAUCAUCGUUAUGGUGCUCCGAGGAGUUUUGCCUGAUCCCCCCCUCCUAUACAAACUAUUCGCGAACCUUUACCUUGCUGGCACCAUCAUUUUCGGCGGCGGACCGGUAGUAAUUCCGCUCCUCAGGGAAUAUAUCGUGGCCGAGGGAUGGGUUAGUCCGCGCGACUUCCUUAUUGGUCUCGCUAUUGCACAGGCCUUCCCGGGGCCAAACUUCAACUUCGCUGUGUUCUUAGGCGGCCUUACAGCUAUUCGCAGCGGGUAUUCUUCCAUUGCCGGAGCACUCAUCGCAUUUUGUGGCAUCUUUUUUCCCGGCAUCGUCCUCGUCCACGGAACAAUGGGGGUCUGGGGGGUGUUACGAAGUAGGCGCUGGGUAAAAUCUGGAGUGAGAGGCGUUAAUGCCGGUGCUGUCGGACUUAUCUAUACGGCCGUAUAUCGGAUCUGGCAGAUUGGCUACAUCGAUGAAGGUUUCCAGUCGGGGAAGAGUCUGGCAGAUGAUCCAUGGUGGGUGGUCGUGACCGCCGCUGCCUACGUGGGGGGGCGAUACUUCAGCAUUGCGGCGCCGCUGGCUAUUCUUCUCGGGGCUGUGCUAGGCUUGGUCAGGUACGGAGUUGUUAUAGGUCGGGAGUGA